GUCGAUAGUGCUUUGCCACUGUUAUUGUUGCUAGUUAUUAUCAACAGCAGUAGUGGUAGACCGUGGCGACGGCGACGGCAGUUAGUUAUUAGUGGUAAUAGUAGUAGUGGUAGCAAGCAAAGAGUCGGUGGUAGUAAUGUGACGGCGGGUCUGUCUGUAUCAGUAGCAAUGCUGUCUAAGUUAAGAUAGAGAGAGAGAGAUGAAAGAGACCAACCAGUCAGUUUAGUUAGUAACACCUGACUAGGAAAAAUUGUCUGCUGGAUUAUUUUACAUAUGGCAGACUGAUGAUAUAUCCAUGUCUGGAAACCCCGACUUUCAGUUCAUUGUCUUGUUGGAUUGAUGACAUUUUUGGAUGUAUCUAUAUCUUACAUGGGACCAGAACGUUGGAAAGCUUGUCAUAUAAGGACUACCAUACAAUUAGUAUAUUAUAAAGAAUAGAACUCAACAACCAGAUUACUGGAUAUUUUUGAUUCUUGCCGGCAACCGCUAUAGAAAGGACAUUUAACUGGUGACCUGAUAACUUCUGUCUUCCAAAGGAGAAAAAAAAUUUAAGGCUAGAGACUGAAGCCGCCUACUGCUGGAAUGGAAAGGCCUUCCAGCAAAGGGCAUACUUUAGCCUUAGAUGGGCCUUUAACAAAGACAAACACUAGUAAAAAUGAAGCUCUUGAAGAGAAUGGUGGUGAAGUAGUGACUAACGAAGGGAAUCUAGCUUAUACUAACACCAUACCCCCAAUGACAGACGACAUCUACACAAUGAACCGGCCUGCUUAUGAGCUGCAAGAAUGUAGUCGAACUAAUCAUCUUUCAUUAAUUGGUCAUCACAUUAUGGAAAGUCGUCCCACUUUUAAUGGAAACCUUCAAGAUCGGAAUCAUCGAUCAAUGACACCGGAUACUCAUCACCAACCCUCUGGACAUCAGUUGUUAGAUAACCAUUCUAGUUACAAUGAUGGGGUGCAGGACCGUAGCCAUCACUCUCUUACUGAUAAUGCUCAACACCACCAGUACCUAGGUCCUGUUCGUGCUACAUAUGAAUCAGGUUCCAAUCAGGUGCAUUCAGUUAACAGUGACAGCCAUCAAGUAUUGACUAACCGGCCUAAUUAUGAAACACUUAUAGACAGAAGACACUCUCUGCCAUCAGAUAACCAUAAUCAGAAAAUGAUGGACCUUGAUGAAGAGUCAAGUAAAGCUCUUUUACUGAAUGCUAAGCAAUAUUCACUCACAUCUAGCCUUAUUGAUCCUCAGAUGAUUAAAUAUGAAUAUCAAGAUUUGUCAGGAAAGGGGUCAAACCAGAAUGACAAUUUAAUAUAUAAAGAUGCUUUUGUUGGAUCCUAUGAUAAGAUGUUGUCACGCUCUUUAGAAAGUCAGGUACUGAAUCAAAAUGGCAUAGUGGAUUCUAUCUCCAAUGAAUUGUUCUAUCCAAAAGACUCACGUAUGUCACCAGAAGAUGUGGCUUUAUCAAAUAAAAUGUUGGUGUCAUCACCUUCCAUGAUGGUCUCUUCACCAUCAACAGAAAACAUGAUGGCGAGACAGGGACAUAAUGUUGGACUUGGAGAUGCUGAUGGAAGUAAAUUGACAGUUUAUCCUGACGAAAAUUUAGGUAGAAUGGAUACUGCUAUAAAAAUGGAGAUUCCAGUGAAUACUAGGCCUGUGAUGAGUUCAAAAAAUGGAACUAAAGCCCCCCUCUGUAAAGUCUGCGGGGAUGAGUCAUCGGGCUUCCAUUAUGGAGUUGAUUCCUGUGAAGGAUGUAAGGGAUUCUUCCGGCGCUGUAUAACACAAGGGAUGUCCCACAAAUGUGCUAAUGAAGAGAAAUGUGAGAUCACUCCAUUCACAAGAAAUAGCUGUCAGUAUUGUCGCCUUAAGAAAUGUUUUGCAGUUGGAAUGUCAAGAGAAGCAUCAAGACUUGGCAGGCGUCCAAAGCGUCUGAAAGAAGCCAACGGGGAAUCCAAAUCUCAUACUACAAACGUUCCUAUUGCUCCUUACCCAUUACCACUUAGUGGGAACCACAGAAGUAUGGCAGAUCUGCAGAAACUCAUUCAAACUAAUGGCAGCUUCAAGUCUGAACUCAUGCAAGCGUUCCUUGCUGCUGCCCAGGCCAGCUUUAAAGAGCACGCCAAUAACUCCAACUCAAGCCAUGCAAAUAAUAAGCCUGACCCUGCAGCAACUAACAGCAUUCCCAAUGGGGUAGAAUCUGGUUACUCCAGUCUGAAUAGCCCAGCCAGCAGCAGCAGCCAGUCACCUGUACAUCUACAACCUCAGCCCAACAACAACAACACUACCAGCAACACCACCACCACCACCACAGCUACAACUACCAACAGUAGUACAACCACUGCUCCAGCUAGUGCGAAUACUCCCAGUUGUUCCAAUAGCAACAGCAAUACUAACAACAAUGUAAACAAUAGCAGCGUUAGCAAUGGCACUCACACUAUUGCUGUCACUUGUAAUAAUAGCAACAUCAUUCAUUUGAAUGGUGUUAGAACCAAGACUGAACCAGUUGAAAACAGUACCCCCAGUACAGUGCAACCUAGUGUCUUGCCAACCAAUAUAAUAAAUGGUAUCACAACCUCAGCAUUAGUUCCCAAUGGUAUCUCAAAAGCCGCUGUAGCCAACGACAUCUGUCAUGUCCUUGCUAAUGGUGGUGGUGUUAUUAAUGGUAUAGCGGAUACCCUUCCUCCUGGUCCACCUAAUAAUGUCUGUAAUGGACUACAGAAUGGACUUACUGGUAGUUGCCCAGAAAGGUUGACUACUGUUAGCAGUAACAAGGACAUGAGCCCACCUGCCUUCGUUAUGCCUGAAACCCCCAACUCUACCUCAUCUGCAGCCCCCACGCCCCAGACCCCAACAUCUUAUGAGGAAUCUCAGCCAAUGAUAAAGGUAGAAUCAAAGUUUUCUCCCUGCAGUAUUGCAACUCAAAAACCUAUGACCAAAUUCCUAGAUAAAAUUAUUGAUGAGGGGCGACAGCAACCAACUGAAGCCAGGAGGAAGUUGAUUGAGCAGGUAACAAUAACAAUUGUUGAAGCUCACAGAGUUACUUGUCGAGUUACUCAUGAAGCUGUUUUGGAAGCCUAUACAAAAUGGGAAGAAAACAAAACCAAACUAUUGGAGGCUUUGGAUGGUAAGAAUAGUGCCUCAGAUCUUAUGUGGAGACAGUUUCUAACAAACAUGGUGCCUGAGAUUACAAAUGUUGUCCAGUUCUGCAAGCGGCUACCUGGUUUCUCUGAAAUUGACCAAGAGGACCAAAUCAAGUUGAUCAAGCAAGGAACCUUUGAGGUGAUGUUAGCAAGAUUUUGUAUGCUUGUUGACCACCAAAAUUAUACCAUGUUUGAUCCUGACAUGAAGAUGCAAUGUCCAAGGGAAGUAAUCCGGGAAAUGCCACUAGGAAAUUUUCUUGAAGAAUUCUUCUUAAUGGCAGAAACCUUUAAUCCAUUGAAGUUAUCUGAUCAGGAAAUUGGUCUCUUUACAGCUGUUUUGAUAAUUUGUCCAGAUCGUCAAAAUCUUUCUGGAGUUAAAGCUGUUUCUAAAAUACAGGGACUCUUUUUACAAGCAUUAUAUAAUGAACUGAAAGCUAACCAUAAAGAUUAUGAUACUUUGUUCAAUGACCUAAUCCGAACAAUUCCAAUGUUUCGCGAAUUUAAUCACCAGCAUGCCAUGUCGCUCAACAACAUUCGCAUGCGCUCGAUACACAGCCAGUUUGAUUUCCCCGAAUUACACAAAGAAGUUUUUGAUUACAAAGUGUAAUUCCAACACAGAAAAAGAAACACAGCCUUGUCUACAUAUUCACAUGAAAGGCAGAACGAGAAGAAUGGGACUUGGUAUAAACUACAGAAGGAAAGAAAAAGAAAAAAAAAUGCAAGGGAAACCAGGGAAUAUAGAGAAAUGCCGUCAAACUGCCAGGAUCUUCUGUGAAUUCUUCUUGCACUGAUCACUCACUCUGUGCAUGAAAAAAAAACCCUGUUAACCUUUCUGGAAGAGAGGUUUCUUAUUUUGUUGAUUUGAUAUUCAGAAUGGUAUAUAAUGGUAUAUAAAUUCAGGUGAACUGAUAAACUGACUACAAUUUACAUACAUACACAUGGACAUACGUAUAUAUGUGUGUGUGUGUAUAUAUAUAUAUGUAUAUGUGUAUAUAUAUAUAUAUAUAUAUACACAUCAACACAACUGACCAGCAAACUGGCUUUAAGUAUUGUAUUAUAAAAGACAUUUUUAUGUUAAUUUUUAAAAUUGUUUUCUUCCCUUUUUAUUCUAUUAUACCCUCAUGUGUUAUUCUCUCCUACUUCCCCACCCCCCAACAGAAUACAGAUAAAGCCAGUAGCCAUAUUAUGUAUUCACACAUAGAUUUUGUUCUGAUUCACAGAAUCAUAAGGUGUAUGUAUUUCUCUAUAGUUGUGUGUGAGUAUAAAUGUGCAUUCGCGUGCGAGUGUGUGUAUGUGUGUUUGUGUGAUAUGUAGACACACAUACACUUUCUAUGAAAAGUAAUUUUAUGUGAAUACUUGCAGCAAAAGACUUUAACAUUACAAAACCAGAAGGGAACCUAAGAUCAGUCAUUCCGUUAAUAAAAACUACCAUAUCUAUCCUUAUGGUAAUUCACUGCCAACUGAUGUUGUUGCCAGAGUCUGCACACUGCAAACAGCAAGCAGGUUGCAGAAUUGAUAUGAAAAGCCUCAAUAUUUAAAAUGUCAUCAUUGUUUUUUUAAUAUUUUCAUCAAAUUUUUUUUAUUUCCACUUUUUUCCUCCAUUAUGGGCUGAUCAUUUCCGUUUAUGGCUGCAAUUUUUUUUUUAAAUGACAAGUGGUGACUUUUUUUUGGUCUUAUUUUCAAAUGCUUAUUUCUAUUAUGAUUAUUAUUAUUAUUACUACUACUACUACCACUACUACUACUACAACUACUAAAUUACAAAUGAUAAAUAAAUCUUUCUUGUUAGCUGGAAACUGAUUGCACAAGCAUAUUUCUAUUAAAUGGGUUUGUUUGUACCCACUAACACAACACACACAUGCACACAAGAAAAUAAAAAUAUCAGGACAAAUUUUUUCUACAAUAAGGUUUCGAUUUUUUUUUCUUUCUUUUUUUUUCAUCUUUUCAAUCACAAAUAAAAACAAAAAAUGUUCUUUUUGUAAAUUUAUUUAACUAGAAAAGGGGAAGUGAUUAAAAUAUCAGAUUUUUAUCAGUUAUUUUGUACAUUGUGCUGUACAAUUCUUUCUCCCUUCAGAGUUAUUGAUUUAUUAUUAUCUUGAAACAUUUUGAUUAGCAUGAUAAUAAUGAUUGGAAUGUAGAAACUGCCAUAGCUUAACGUUGCAUAUCCUAAAUUUAUCAACCAGUGCUCAAUUUCUGAUAGAUUUAUUGAAAUUUUUAUCUGUAUCAUUCAGUUUAUGUAAACAAAAGCAACACUCUGCCGAGAAAGAAAAAGAAAAGGGAAAAAAAAUCUUGCCAAUAUUCUUUUAAAAGCAUUCAUGUAUAUGGCAGUCCAGUGGUAGAGUGGAUCUGGUUGAGUCCCUAUUCUCAACCAGUUAAUAGUAAUAUUAUAAACAACUCAUUCGUCAAGUCAUUUUAUUAAUAGAGGUUCCUCCAUAUUAAACAAAGUUUCGUAGUCAUCAUUAAAUUCUUGUUACUUUGGUCUGCAGUGGACUGAGUAUGUAAUAAUUGUGUGCAUGUAUGUGUAUGUAUGCCUGCCUGUCUGUCUGUACAUCUGAGAAGAUGACAAGUAUUGACAAUACUGGAUUCUUGUCUUACACAACCAAACGUUAUAUCAAACAAACGACUGGAUUUUUGUCUUGUUUUAUAAGCUCAGAAACCAUAUAUGCAUUGAAGAAGUCUUUUGUUUGCUUGCAUUAAAUACCAUACAUUUUGGUUCAUAUUUGAUAUUUUUAUAGAUCAUGCUUUUUUUUUCCUUCUUGGUAAUCUCUUUGCGAUGAGGGAGCAUCAAAGAGAACUCAGUAGAACAUGUAUAUGUGUGUGCAUGUAUGUAUGUGUAUGUGUGUGUUUCUCUUGAUGAAAUACUUUUUUUAAAGUUCUACUAUUUGUCUCACUAACUCAGCUAAAAUCACUGAAAAAACACACAGCAUAUAUAAGCUGUGUGUUGGCUUAAACUAAUCAAUCUCACAUUUUUUUUUACUUUCUAAUAUAUAUUUUUUUUUAUUAUUGUUACAACCUUUCUCUCACCCCCAUUCCUACUACCAUAAACAGAAGUAAUCUGUUUAUUUUAUAUUCCCUCUCCCCACCCCCACCAUUUUGUGUGUUGCCAGCCACUCACCAGCAGUUACAAAAAAAAAAUUAAAAUAAAAAAAUAUUAAAUAUAUAGGGGUUAUAUCUUUUAUUUUAUUUUUUGUCUUUUUUUUUGUUUUUACAUUUAAAAUAAAAAAAAUUUUUUCUUUUUAAAAA